UAUAAAUACAGCUACUAGUCUACAACGAAGUUACACUCGGAAGUCCAAAGGAGAGCUUAGAACGAGUUUGGUGAAGGUCUCAAGAAGCAAACAUUCUUGUUAUAGAGGUUUAAAGGAGUGAUGGCUAUCGGAAAUUUCUCUUUACUUGCUGCUGCUGCAAGAAGGCUUGAAGGUAAAGUGGCCGUAAUCACUGGUGGGGCGAGCGGCAUAGGAGAGUCCGCUGCAAGACUCUUCUCAAAACAUGGAGCUAAAGUUGUGAUUGCAGAUGUGCAAGACGACUUGGCUGAAUCUGUUUGCAGAGACCUAAGCCCUUCGUCCACUUCGUUUGUCCAUUGCGAUGUAACGAAAGAAGAAGACGUCGAAAAUGCUGUCAAAACAGCCACAAACAAAUAUGGAAAGCUAGACAUCAUGUUCAACAAUGCAGGUGUAGUUGGCAUGACAAAACCCAACAUCCUUGACAAUGACAAGGUAGAAUUUGAGCAAGUGAUUAGGGUAAAUCUGGUUGGUGCGUUUUUGGGGAUCAAACAUGCAGCUCGCGUUAUGAUCCCAGCUGGAAAAGGUAGCAUAAUCAAUACUGCUAGUGUUUGUUCUACCAUCGGGGGUUGCGCACCACAUGCAUACACAAGUUCAAAGCAUGGUUUAGUAGGGCUGGUGAGAAACACGGCCGUGGAGCUUGGACAACACGGUAUUCGUGUGAAUUGUGUGUCACCGUAUAUAGUUUCCACGCCGUUAGCGAAGGAGUUCUUUAAGCUUGAUGAUGAUAAACUUCAUGGUGCUUAUUCCAACCUUAAAGGUGGGGUUCUUAAGGCAGAAGAUAUUGUUGAAGCUGCUCUUUACUUGGGAAGUGAUGAGUCAAAGUAUGUUAGUGGGCAUAAUCUUUUGGUAGAUGGAGGCUUCACUAUUGUGAACGCAGGGUUUUGCAUGUUUGAACAAGCUUGAGAAAAAUGUUCAAUGUAAUAAGUUGGCAAAUCCUCAUUUCCGUAUAUUAAAUUAAUAAAUUAAAUUGUUUCAACAUUUCUA